ACGAAACCAUUUUAUAACAAAAUAAACAGAUAAAAUUUAAUAGUGGGAAAAAUAUUAAUACAUCCAGUCAACGUUUUUAUGAAUCCAACCUGACAAAAACUCUCACUCGUUGAACACAAGAACAAAAAAAGUGUCCGUACGAGUAAACUGAGACACGUGUACCUAUCUAUCUCCGCUCAACGCGGUUUCCAUCUCAUCGCUUCUUGUCUUGACGGACGCCGUCCUUAUAAAACCUUCACCUCCCUCGGCCCCAUUUCUCAUUUCUUACCUCUCUCUCUCUCUCUCUAGAAACCUUUUGAGCCCAUCUUCUUCUUCUCUUUCUUCCACUACUUCAUCACUCUUCUUCAGCUGUGGGUUAUACAUGGUGACUUCCGACGAAUUAACGAACCUCGACUCUUGGUUGUAUAGACAAGGUUUCAACGUCGAUUCAUGGUUGCUUUCUGAUUCUUUCUCUCACGAUGACGAUUUGCUCGCCAGAGCUCUUCACACCACCGUCACAUCAUCAUCGACAGCCACACCACUCCUUCCCUCCUCUUUCUUCGAUUCCGCCGCCGUCUCCCACCCUUCUUCCACUCACACUCUCUCCUCUAACGUCUCCGCCUGUGGAUCCGAUCCAGAUAUCAUCGGCGGAGUAGCUAAACGGAAACGUAACUGCCUUCUUGGGGAAGGUAGAAGAGCAACCAAGCGCAAGUCUCGCGCUUCCAAGAAAUCUCAGACUACUUUCAUAACUGCGGAUCCGUCUAACUUUCGCCAGAUGGUUCAGCAAGUGACCGGCGCCAACUACACCCACGACUCUUCUUCUUACGGGAUUUUCGCUCCGAUCGUCAGGCCGGAGCCGCUUAGGAUCGUCGACAAACUCCCAUCGGAUCGAUCCACGGCGGUUCCUAUGCUUGAUACAUCUGCAUUUUUGUCUAACCAUCACCAGGAAAAUCUCGCAGUUGGGAACACCUAUUCCGGUACCAGCGGCGUAGGAUUGCCAUCAUCAGCCAAGUCUAUUGCAGCGGCCGUGGAGUUUGAUACUACUAACUCAACUUUUCCGACGCUUGAAUCUUGGAAAGUUAUGUGACUCGUUAUAACUUUUUUUUUUAUAUAUAGAUUUUUUCUAUGCAUCAACAACCUUUAUGAAUAAUCAAAUCUUGUUCAUAGUUUUUUUUGUUUAUCGAUGUAAUGGAUCGAAUCUAUGUUCUAUUGACUUUUAAACUGUUUAGCGGAUAAGUCACAACAAAUCUAUCUAUUUUAAAAAUUAUUCAGCCAAGCUUGAUGUCUUAAAAGUAAAUUUGAAUAUAUGACAAAGUCCUUGAGUUGUGUGGGUUA